GGAAGGGACGAUGCGCUUGCGCAGGACUCGGCCCGUAGUUAGCUUUUUCUUGGUUGGUUAUCACGGGAGUUGAAUUAGGCGUUGGUAGUGAAGUAUGAAGUAGCGCGAAUCAUAUUUAAUUUCAGUGGAUAUGCACGGUUAUAGUAUUUUCAAAGUUACUUUGUGCUUAUUUGUAGUUUUUCAGAUAUUUAAUUUUGUAACAUGUUCAGUUGAUAAAAACCUAAAACACUAUGAGACCCUCCAUGCUUCUCAGUUCAGCCACAAUGUUGUGAAGAGUGGUAUUAAACACAGUGAUCAUCCAUUCAAUAAAAUAAGAGAAGUGAUCUUCAGCACACUUAGAAGAGACUUUCGUUUAAUUCUUACUCCAAAGAAAGGCAUUCUCCAUUCCAAAUUUAAGGCUUAUACAGUAGAUGGAGAUGGUCAAGAAACUCCCAUAUUUGUUGAUCAUGAAAAUUUUUAUGAUGGCCGAUUGUUUGGAGAAGUCUCCUCUGAAGCAAGUGUCCAUUUGGAAGAUGGUGUCAUGACUGCAACUAUUCAUGUCCCAGAAGAGACAUACCAUAUUGAGCCAUCAUGGCGUCACCUGCCACAUUUGGACAACCAAACAAUGAUUGCUUACCGAGCAUCAGAUAUUCAUUAUAGCUGGAACUAUGGGGAAGGACAAGGAGACACAGACACAUGGCCACGCACUUGUGGCUAUGUGAGAGAGGGACAAGACAGAGAUCAUGAAGGAGUUGAGGAUGAUGACAGCUUUGAAAUACGAAGCAAACGGGACGCUGACGAGUACGUAUCCACUCCAACAAAAACAAGAUGCCCCCUUCUGCUUGUGGCUGAUUAUCGCUUCUACCAGGAAAUGGGUGGCAGCAAUACUAAGACCACCAUUAAUUACCUAAUUAGCCUGAUUGACCGAGUGCACAAGAUCUAUAAUGACACAACCUGGCAGGACCGACAAGAGCAGGAUGGCUUCAAGGGUAUGGGUUUUGUAAUAAAGAAGAUUGUAGUUCAUAGUGAACCUACCAGAGUGCGUGGUGGAGAAGCACAUUACAAUAUGGUGCGGGAGAAAUGGGAUGUGCGGAACUUAUUAGAGGUGUUUUCUCGUUAUAAAGAGGCUACCAACACAUGCCUGGCUCAUCUGUUCACUCACCAGACAUUUUCCGCUGGCAGUUCAACAGUUCUAGGGUUGGGAUACAUGGCUUCGUCUCGACGUGACUCCAAGGGAGGAAUCUGCUCUCCUGAAUACUUCAAGAAUGGGUAUACCCUCUACCUGAACUCUGGGCUGAGCUCAAGUCGGAAUCACUAUGGACAGAGAGUUAUAACGCGAGAGGCUGAUCUUGUUACUGCUCAUGAGUUUGGUCACAAUUGGGGUUCUGAGCAUGACCCUGAUAUUCCAGAAUGUAGCCCCAGUGCCAGUCAAGGGGGCUCCUACCUCAUGUACACCUAUAGUGUUAGUGGAUAUGAUAUCAACAAUAAGCGGUUUUCACCAUGCAGUUUGCGGUCAAUUCGCAAAGUACUGCAGGCCAAAUCAAACCGCUGUUUCUCUGAACCAGAAGAAUCCUUCUGUGGCAACCUACGUGUAGAAGGUGAUGAGGAGUGUGAUGCAGGAUUACUUGGUACAGAAGAUAAUGAUGCUUGUUGCGAUAAGAAUUGCAAACUACGUCGCAACCAGGGAGCUGUGUGCAGUGACAAGAAUUCCCCAUGCUGCCAGAACUGCCAGUUCAUGCCAGGCCAGAUGAAGUGUCGUGAUGCACAGCCAGCUACUUGUGAGCAGGAAUCACGCUGUACAGGAGCUUCAUCAGAGUGCCCACGCAGUUUAGCAAUGAUAGAUAGAACACCCUGUCUGGAGAGGGGGGAGUGUCAAGGAGGGAAGUGUAUUCCAUAUUGUGAGACUCAUGGUCGGCAAAGCUGCAUGUGUGAUGUCAUUGUGGAUGCUUGCAAGCGAUGCUGUCGUAUUCUGAAUGACACAUGUUUCCCUGUUGUUCCUCAUGACAUUCUUCCUGAUGGAACACCCUGCAUUCAGGGCUUCUGCAAUAAGGGAAUGUGUGAGAAGACAAUUCAGGAUGUGGUGGAGAGGUUCUGGGACAUUAUAGAAGACAUCAAUAUUAACAAAGUUCUGGUAUUUCUGAAAGACAAUAUUGUUGGUACAGUGAUCCUUGUGACAGCUGUCAUUUGGAUUCCAGCAAGCUGUGUAGUGAGUUAUGUCGACCGAAAGAAUAGAAAUGAACAAGAAGCAAGUGCCAAAUGGAAGGACAGCAAUGAAUUCUACAGAGCUGAUGAUAGGCGUGUGAUCAACAUAAAUGUUCCACAGCAAAGACCUCCCACUGCAGUGCACCUCCAUACAACAGCACCAAUGUGAUAUGGAAACUUAAAGGCCCCUUCAAAUCUAUAUAUUGUUUUGAAAACCAAGAGAGUCUUCUAUUUCAGCAUUUUAAAACUUCAUUUCUAGCACAAUGCCUUAUAAAUUAAGUCAAAAUAUUGCUCUUGUUGGUUUGAAAAGUGUCCUUCAUCCCUCUUAUGCUCUAAAGUUAUACCAAAGUAUGAGAAUGUAAUAUUAAAUACCUGAGGUUGUAGAUUUUCCGUUGGUUAACACACCUGCUUCAUGUUAAGGAGGUCACUUUUUCAAAACUUGGCUUGAAAACUGACUCCUGACAGGCUUUCAUGAUAUUCCUGUUCUUUCAGGCAUGUACAGGGAUAAUACCUUAAAUUAGUCCAUGACCAUUUGUUUCCAUAUCCUGUACAGUUCAUUAACAUUAUUUGUCCUAUCACCCAUUGCCAUAUAGUCUGAGCUGCUGACACCACUAAUAAAUACAUACAUCAUCUUUUUUAUGGAAAAACACAUUCAAAACAAGUGUUAUCAUUUACUUAUAAGCAGUGUCUACUUGUACACUUUAUAAAACCAGUAUUAGGCAUUCUGGCAACACACCAUUUAUAUUGCUAUAAUAAGAACAAAAUCUAAUUGCUAAUAAUAUUUUUAAGUGUGCUGGAGUUAUUGAACCAAAGGACUGGUAUUCAGCAUGUAGAACAAUGAUAAUUUAAAAAAUUAUGUGUAAAUCCAUUUGCUGAAUAGACUUUCAGGUUGUUACAUAUAUACAGAGGAAUUUUAAUAGGUCUCUGCUGGUUAAAGCAGAAUGUACAACUUUCAUCCAAACUGUGACUUAUUUCUAGUAACAUCUUACUACAUCACAGUUCAAGUGUUGGAAAACAAAGUCUGGCUUCAUAUCAUUGGUGCUAAUGAAACUAAAAGUGCACAAGUGUUUCCUAAACAUCAGAUAGGUCAAAGAAGUAUGUAUCUUUCCAAUCCUAAUUAUUUGAACACAAUGUUAGAAUUUAUCCAAAGGCCUUGCAGUAAACUAUGUACUGUGAUCCAUCUGGAUAGCCAGUUCUGGUUGGAUUGGAAUGUGUGUUUCAGAUGUGGUUUCUUUCUUAACUGUGACCUAGAAUUUCUAAGUAUAGUUUUCCAUCUUUAAUGCACUAAUGUGGAGGUUGGAAGGAACAUGCAAGGUUAGGUUUUUGACAUCUUCCAGCUACUGGAAAUCUAUGGUUGUUGAAAUUAGUAGAAAGUACAAGCAUUGCUAGGAUCUUUAUUCAUAUGAGAAGCAUUAAUAGGAAUGGAGGCCUUACAAGGAUUCAGAACAUUUUCACUGCUGACAACCAUUUUCAGAGUGUGUCAAAAGAUAUUUUUCUACUUGUUAAAGUUCAUAUACAAAGUUUCAUUUACCAACAUAAGUGAUGAAAUAAUUUAUCGUCACUUUCAAAAGAAAUUUAAAAAAUUUGAACUUUUAUAACAUCUCAGAAGUAACCUGUAACUUUAUCAAUCUGUUUUCAAACAAACUAGAUGUGCUUAUAAUCUAUACAGUGGUUUUGAAACACUUGUCUCAAACACAAUACCCAUAUUAUGAAAAAUAUUUAUGCAGAUACAUUAGUUCUAUAUUGUAUGCUGCAUCUCUCACUAUAGUGAGGUGACACAAUAACAAACAGCAAUCAAGUCCUGACUUGGCCUGUGAUUUAUUCCUGUAAGGAUGGGCAGUUCAUUUUCAAAACCAAGAAAUAUGGGUAAAUGCUAAGCAACAGUAAUCAAUGUUUGGAAACACAACUGAAAACAUGCUACAAGCAGUAGUGGCAUCCAUAGCAGUUUGAUUCAGAACGUAUACUGAAUGUACAGAGUGAAUGUGAAUUUAGAAGUUAGUGGCAUGAAACAUUAUUGAAUACUUUGCCACUGCGUUUGUUUCAUGAAUUAUGUAAAGAAUCAAAUAAUUUACAAGCAUUUGAUAAAAGGACUGACUUUUA